UCGAGAAAAUCGUGCAAAAAACCCAUUCUCCUACUAAAAUGUGAUAAAAAAAAGAAGUUGUGAGUAAUAACGCUGAUUUUAGAGCACCAAUUUCACACUUUUACAAAUUAUGGUCAGAGCAAGUUGUGGAGUAGAAAACAAAAAGCAUCGAAAUGGUACAAAAGCGAACGAAAAUAAUACGUCUCACAACAUGUUAUGUAGCUUCAUAGCCAUGUUCACCUUUGCGGCGGCGCGGGCCGACCGAGCCAACCUUCAAUUUGGUGGUAGCUACAGAUUCAGUCGAAAGCCUACUGUUGAUGCGUUUGCUGGUGCACUUGAGGAGUAGUAGCCUAUAACCUUCAUUUGAGACAAAAGUCAAGUUGCUUUUAUUGAUUUAACAGUAUAUUGCGUUUGUGUCGUGCGGGUGAUUGCUGAUCUAAUGAUUUUCUUUAAUCGCACAAUGGAAUACUUGCAAGAGCUCUAUUCGAAACUUUUUGGCUAUGGAAAUGAUGAUAAUAGCUUUGAUAAUACGCCACGCAAAGUUGUUGCUUUCGGCAACGUGCUGCUCGAUCAUACCGCACAGCUUCCGGAUGGCGACACAGAUCUGUUGGAAAGAUUUCAAAUGCCGGCAGAGUCGAAGGGAGAAUUAGAUGCGGAGACUUUGGCCAAGUUAGCAGCUGAGGCAGCCGAACGCGUUCAAUUUGAAGUAAAUCCCGGUGGUUCAGCUUUGAAUACGGUGCGUAUACUCAAGCAACUCGGUACGGACGCGCUCUUCUUUGGUGCUGUUGGAGAAGAUAAAGCGGCAGAAAAGUUGAAAGAUAUUUUGCAGGAACGUGAAGUUGAAACGAGACUCGCAGCAGUCAAUGACGUGCCCACCGGCCAGUGUAUUUGCAUCGUGAAUAAAAAUACAAAAACAAAGGCGUUGUACGCCAACAUUGGCGCAUCUGCCAAACUAUCCGUCGAUCAUCUAAAAAAGGCCGAACGUGAUGAGACACAAGCCUUUCUCCGUCCCAUUGAACGCAAACAAAUUAUCUACGUCGAAGGUUUCUUUGUGCCGCAACGGCAAGAAGUCUGUGACUUUAUUGUAAGGAAUUAUAUCAGAGAACGUCGCCGAUUGGCAAUCAAUUUGAAUGCGGAGUAUAUUAUAAAACAAAACAUUGAACAUCUGCAUAAGCUGGCACGUGCAGCUUUUUUCAUAUUCGGUAAUCGCAAGGAACAUAUGGCUUUUGCCGAGCAGCUGGGUUUUGAAACGAUUGACGAUUCAGCCAAACAUUUGUUGGAGGAAUGUAUCACCCCCAAAGUCAUUGUGGUGACAAAUGGGCGCGAAUGUGUACAGUUAAUUACUAAUUACGAAGAUGAAUAUUCACCACCAGGUGCAAUUAUGUUUCAAAGUUUUCAUGUGCCACGUGUCGACACGGUAGUCGAUUCAACAGGUGCAGGUGAUGCAUUUGUUGCGGCAUUCUUGCAUGCCUGGCUACAGAAGCGUUCAUUAAGUGAGUGUGUGCGUGUAGCAAGUGAAGUGGCAGCCAAAGUGGUUACAGUAGUGGGUUGUAAUCUACCAUGAACAUUGGAAUAUGAACAAUGUUCUACGUAACGCCUAAGCUACAAGGAUAACUCAGUCGCACUCAAUUGAAUGGAAUUAAAAUCUACUCAACUUUUAAGCUAAGCAAACAAACUCGUGAAAAUAUUUUUAUAUUAUAAAAUAUUAAUAAUGCAGCCGUUGCGCCGAUGCACCUGUACUCGUUAGCUGCUUCAUUAGCACUUCAUUGUCCAUAGUAAAAAAAUAUUAAGGUAUAUAUAAGAAGGCUUUGCAAAGUGGUCUCAAUUCACGCCAUCACUCAUAUAGUUGCAAACGCCUUCACAUUGACUCAUCUCCCAUUUCUCAUCAGUGCACAAAGCAAUAUGUAAUGCGAAUUUUGAUAAACACAAAAUCAACAACAAUCAACCAUAACAAGUACUUAAACUUUAUGUAUUCAAGUGUGCUUUUUAAGCGCGUCGAAGUCUUCUUGCCUUCCACUGAUUUCAAUGUGCCUACGUGCAUGAUUCUAUAGGCGUACAUAUACAUAUCCACAUACAUAGAUAUGUAAGUAUGAAUGUCGAGUUGCUAGGAAGCAGUGUGGGCAAUAAUUAAAUAAUGCGACAAUCGCGCGCUACUCUCAUUUAAAUCUCCAUAAUUUGCAAUAAUUGCAAUCAUACCUGCUUUUGUUUUAGUUAUAAAAUAUAUUAUUUAUAGAAUCUUUCAAAAAUGACUAAUGGUUAGAAAUAAUGGAAUCGCCACAAAUAGAACUACUCAUAUUUCUAUUGUGGAUAUACUUCCAUAUUAAAAGUAUACCCACGCAAGGUGCAAUGCAUAUUUAAUUAAAGCGACUAUUAUUUAAAAAACUUUCAAAUAUUGAUGCUAGUAUUUACAUAGAUCACACCUUUCGUAUGGUGAAUUAUUAUUAGUUUUUUCAACGACUUGUGGUGGAAAUAUUUGCGUAAACGUAAUUGGCUAAAUAUAAAAAGUUUAGUUCAAUGAACUUACUGAUUGACAAAAAUUAACGGCUAUGCCAUCAGGUGGCUAGAUUUGCCCUCUACUCUACAAGCGCGGCCUGGAUUUGUAUCAGACCACGCAUUCCUCUCACAAGAACUAUAGUAAAAGUAGCUGUUAUGACUAAAAUUGAUCUUCAUCUUCUCUCUCUCUCUUUCAAAAUUGAUUUAAUUCAUUAAAUAAAUUGAAUUCACUACAAGGACUACCACUCCAGUAGCAUUCCCCAACAACUUUCUAGAGUAUUUUAUGUUGCUACAAGAAUAAUAGUAAAAAUAACAGCUGCCAAAAAAUGUAAUUUAUUACAAAAAACCUGCCCAUAAAUUUCUAUGACGCACCAUAUUU